AUGUCCCUCAAUGCCUCAGGGUUCCCGCUCCGCGCAGACUGCUUGAAGAGGCUCUUCAGCGAGUACUACAGCACUUUUCAAGUCGGCGCUCUCUGGGCCGAACUUUAUCGCGAAGGAUCUGAGCUCUACCAGGGUUUUCUUCGCUAUUGGACUGCCGUGGCGGAAGAGUUCAAGGAUGAACCGCAGCUGCUCGCUUUUGAGCUGCUGAAUGAGCCCUCUGGCACCUGCCUGGAGGCACACACUGCUUUGGACUGCCUCCUCACCGGCGAGGCGAUGCCCAUACGCUUCAGUGAUAGCGUUGAGGCAACGAAGCUUAUGCCGCUCUACCAGGCAGCGGCCCGCGCCAUCCGUGGUGCUGGAGCUCCCCAGGUUAUCCUGUACGAGCCGACGGUGUGGCCCAAAAUUGGGGCCCCGGUCUUCCCAGGACCGGCUUUGGGAGAUGACUCCCAGCAGGGACUGGCCUACCACAUCUAUUGUGCUCCAGGGGAUGGGAGCAAUGUUGCAGCCGGCUUGGUCUGUGACGCAGCGCAGACCAUCUUCGAGCACACCUUCUAUCCUUUCCUUCGCAGCCACAAGAGCCUUGUGGGCUUCAUGACAGAAUUCGGUGCAGUUGGGGGUAACCGCCUGGAGCUAGUGCAUCUUACUAAUCUUUUGGAAGCUGCCGACGAACAUUUGCAAAGCUGGACAUAUUGGCAGCUGAAGAAGUUCAAGGAUUUCACAACAGCCAACGCAGAAGAGCCGUUAUUCCGACCUGAUGGCCAGGUUGAAACCGGCAAGCUGCGGACGCUUUCGCGCACCUAUGCUCCUGCUAUUGCGGGCAUCCCGACAAAGAUGCAUUUCGACAAGACAGGGGUCUUCGAGCUGGACUUCCUGGCAACGGUACAGGACGCGCCCACGGAAAUCUAUUUGAACGAGGCGCUUCAUUACCCGGAGGGCUACUCCAUGGAGGUUGACCCUUCCAACUGUUUAAGUGUACAGAAGGCGCAGCGUAAUUAUUUGAAUCUGACGCUGGCCCACUCCGCAUGCUUGGGCCAGCAGCUCAAAGUGAGGCUCUGGCCCACCACGAGAUUCGUGUGA